ACUGGGUUCACACAAGGCUCCAAGUGCCCUGGAUUCUGGGAGUUUGCUGCACUCACUCCCGUCCUGCAUCUCAGCUCAGCUCCAGUUUUUCUUCGGGAGCGCAGCUGAAACCAAGAACCCCAAUCCCCAAACUUUUGAUGAGGACUUUUAAGCCAGGAAAAUCCCUUUGAUUUGUGGCACAGGAUGGGCGACUGGGGUUUCCUGGAGAAGUUACUGGACCAGGUGCAGGAGCAUUCAACAGUCAUCGGCAAGAUCUGGCUGACAGUCCUCUUCAUUUUCCGAAUCUUGAUCCUGGGUCUAGCUGGGGAGUCCGUCUGGGGGGAUGAGCAGUCAGAUUUUGUGUGCAAUACCAAGCAGCCUGGUUGUACCAACGUCUGCUAUGACAAAGCCUUCCCUAUUUCCCAUAUUCGUUACUGGGUCCUGCAGUUCCUCUUUGUCAGCACCCCAACCUUGGUCUACCUGGGGCAUGUCAUCUAUCUCUCCCGGCAAGAGGAGAAGCUGAAGGAGCAGGAGAGUGAACUCCGGGCAUUGCAAGCCAAAGAUUACAAGGUGGCAGCUAUGCUGAUGACAGUGGAGAAGAAGAUGGCCAAGAUCUGUGUGGCUGAAGAUGGCCGAAUUAAAAUCCGUGGGCCUCUGAUGUGGACCUAUGUCAUCAGUGUGAUCUUCAAGACCAUCUUUGAGGCAGGCUUUCUCCUUGGCCAGUGGUACCUAUAUGGCUUUGUCAUGGAUGCUCUCUAUGUGUGCCAGGGCUCUCCAUGCCCACACUACGUGGACUGCUUUAUGUCCCGUCCCACUGAAAAAACCAUCUUCAUCCUUUUCAUGCUGGUAAUGGGCUUGAUCUCCCUUGUCCUCAACCUUCUGGAGCUUUUCCACCUCUUUUGUAAGCACAUAGCCAGCAGGGUAAAGACAAAUAACUGCUGUUCCCCAUCCUCUGCUCCCCCUCUGCCCUCUGAUGACAAUGGCUUCUCAACAAAGCUUGGUAAAAUGCCAACUGGGCCUUAUCCACCAGAUUUUUACCUCCCCAUGGCAGACAGGCAUUCCCCACCCUACCAGGGAUACAACAAGCUCUCCAGUGAGCAGAACUGGGCCAACUACAACACAGAAGAAACCCUGGCCUUGCAAAACCAGGCUAAGCCUCCUGAUCUCUUUGCAACAGGAGCCUCUGAAAUCCAUCUCUCUCAGGAAAGGCAGUCCAGCCGCCCAAGUAGCAGUGCUUCUAAAAAACAAUAUGUCUAGCAAACAGCCCUUUGAAAUGUAAGUUACAUGGGAACUUCCUUGAUGGCAGCUGGGAUUCUCUCAAGGGUGCUUUCACAUGGAAGCCUUCAUUGUGGUUCCUUACCAUGGAAGAAAGAGGCUGGGCCUCAGGAUUCUUCUCAAGGGCUUCCCAAGUUUCUACCACUUUAUUCUGCUGUCCAGGUGGACACAGACUGAACUUGUGGGUCCACCAAUUGUGGAAAAAGAGACAUAGGACAAAGAGACAUAGGACAAUCUCGUACAAGCCAUUGAAAUGGCUGGUGAAUGGGCAUUUAAACAUCCCCCAGAUGCCUGCUAAAUGUUGACUCCUGGGGAAAAAAUCAGUUGUUCCCUCUGUCUAUUUUGAGGCUUGUGAUCUGCAGAUCAGAAAACAACCACUGGACCACAGAGGGAGGAGGGGAGGUAGAAGAGAAACCAGUUUGGAACUAUCCAAAAUUGGGUCUCAAAUUUUGGACAUAAAUGCAACCUGAAAAGGAGAGUGCGGAAUAAACUCAAGGAGGAAUUUCUGAUAUGUCCCCUUUUUAGGAAUGGAUGUGAACUGAUUGAGAAAAGGCAUUCAUCAAGCCGAUUUGUUUUCAUGUUGCAGUACACCAAAAGUCUGAGCGACUUACUUAUUAAAAACUGAAGCCCAUCUAUCGUUUACGUAUCGUUUCAAGUAGGCCUUGGGGAGAAUAAUUGCUACUGCUGAUGUUAGCUUAUUAAACAUGACUCCUAUUUAAGUAUAGAACUAAGUCUAACUGAUAUGACUUAAGUCCUCUGGGUUAUUUCUUAAAUGUCUUCCAUGUAACAAAGCACUGUUUUUAUCUUCACCAUAUUUGAAUCUCCAGUUUCUGUAUCCACUGACACUUGGUGAACCUCUAAUCUGCAGAGGACUCUCACUACAGUUCUUCUCUUCAAUGGAUAACUUGGAGAGGUUGAAUCAAGAUUAUUCACUAUGUAUAUUAACUCUCUGUCUUCUUGGGUAUGUAACUCCAUCUCUCAUCCCAGUUGGAUAGUUUUCUGGAGAUUGGCCUUCCACGAGCUAAAUGUCCUUCAACCCUGUUGGGGUUAUAGUUCCCCAGAUUUCCAGCCAUGCUGGUUUGGGAUGUUGGGCAUUGAGAUCCUGGCACAUCUGGAAGAUGCCAAAUUAUGGAAAGCUGCUGCAGACACACAUUACUCUUGGUUUUAAUUACUCAGAACCUCAUCAGAACUUGCAUCCUGAUGGUUCUGUGAAGUAUCAUUCCUUAGUAGACCAUAAAAUAUUGUGUUUAUCUGAACUUUAUUCAGUAUAAAUUUCCAUUGAUGAUAUCCUCUAAAUAUUGAAAACUGUCUGGCCUCUUCAAAUGCAGAGCUGCUCACUCCUCUCAUUGCAAUCAUGAUUUGUGCAGGACUCUGCCAAACGGAGUUUACUACUGGAUGUUUGAGGACAAUGUUGUAUUAUAUGUGUAUCCUUAUGAAUGGUUGUAGUGGUCAAUCUCUCUCCUGGCUUCCUAUUUGUACCUUCUUUUUUAUUGUAAUGUGUUCUAAUUCUUUCACAUCAUAUGACUGUAAGCACAAGCUGGAUCCUUCAGUGUUAAAACCACAAUCUCUCCUGCAGUGAGAAGAUAAUGUAGAUUUUUUAAUGCCCAUGUUUCAGCCUAUUGGAAGAAGGUUGCUGCCUCUCUCUGGAUUAAAUCAAAGGAGCGGGGUUGUUUUGAACUUUUAUGUUUGUACUUGCAAAAAAUAAUAAUAAUAAUGCUCUGGAAAUCACCUUUUGUUGUUGCAGGAGAAAACUUGUGAUGGUUAUAAAAAUAGAAUUACUCUCCAUCUUCGGUCAAGAACAAACUGUGAUAGGAGGAGAUGGGGGGGGCAAGGACCUUGUUUCCAUCUCUAGUGAACUGUUUGUGGUAACUAAGCUGUGAAAAGGAGAUUGUUGGAUGUCGAAAACCUACCUGCAUGUCUGAGAGAUACAGACAUCUCAGAUCCACGGGACCGUAAGAAGCUGGCUUCACGUCAUCAGUUCACAACCAACAUUCAUGCUUGUCAGGGUGCAAGUAUCGGUUUGGGGAGGAGGGCUGUGGGUGUUCUCUGGUUUUGUGUCUGCUGUUUUUUUUCUAAAUAAAAAGAAAAAUUGGCAA